AACACUGUUGUGCUUCUUCAGUGCACUUCAUUCAUCGGCUGGAUGGAUAACGCCAGAAACAUGGCUCUGACAAACACUUCACUUUUACUGUUGGGUCUUCAAAUGCUCGUCAUGGCUUGGCAAGCUUGUGCCCUGGUGGAUCUGAGGAUGGAUGACACUGUAGAGGUUUAUAUGGAUGAGACUGCAGAGAUCCCCUGCCUGUACACCUUCACUGAGGAACCAAGUAUGGUGAUGGUGCAGUGGUUUGUGCAGGCUCCUGGAGGUAAUCGUAUAAGGAUCUCCUACAGCGACCUGACCGUGCAGAAGGUUGAUGCCAACACAAGCUACAGCAAUCGGAUCACUAUCAGGUCAAACAGUGAUGGAGAAACUCUGACCGUUCAAGACGUUAAACUAUCUGAUGAGAGAGAGUUCUUCUGCCAGGUCAGUGGGAUGGCAGCUGGCAACGGAGAGGGCAAGACGCUCUUAAGGGUGUUUGCCCCUCCGGAGCCUCCUGUGAUUGAAGGUGUUCUGUCUGGAAUUUCUGUGUCUGGAAUCUCUCCAGCUAAGAUUGCAUCAUGUGAGACCAGAGACGGCUUCCCCAAACCAAACAUCACAUGGUACCGUGAUCACAUCCCCAUUCACCCUGUUAAUGGCCUGGUGAACAUUGUAACUCUAGUCACGAAGGAAUCCAGUGGUCUGUAUACCGUUCAGAGUGAUCUGCAUUAUAAAGUGAUUAAGGAAGACAAGGACGCCCACUUUUCUUGUGAGGUCAGCUACUUUGUGCCAGGAGCUGUCAGGACAUCCGAGUCCAAAGGAGUCAACAUUACUGUUCAUUACCCCACGACCAGCGUCGAGCUGUGGAGAGAAUCGCCUGAGGGCUUGGUCAAAGAGGGGGACACAGUGGAGAUCCGUUGCCAAGGCGAUGGGAACCCCCCAGCACCCAUCACUUUCAACAGAGAACAAUCCGAUGUGGAGCUGGAAUCCUUUCAGGGUCUGCUGGUUCUGAAGGAGGUGUCUCGGGCAGACAGCGGUGUGUAUGAAUGUCACUCUCUGGACCAGGAUGCACUGGAUCAGGAUGAGGUGGUGGACACCAUGCAACUUACUGUACACUAUCUGGACCCAGCUGUGGUGGUGCCCAAAGACUCGGAGGUCAUGCUGAAAGGGGAGAGUCUGACAGCCACCUGCAAUGCGCUGUCGUCUUUAGAGACCUCUACUGUGUGGUUUAAGGAUGGACUUGAGAUCGGAAGAGGACACAUACUGCAGCUGCACGAUGCCACGUUUGACACUGCAGGACAAUACGACUGUGAGGUGACAGUACUGUCCCUCCCAGGCCUACAGACCAGCGGUUCUGUCAAUAUCAUUGUACAGGGUGCACCUCAGAUGAAGGAUGCAGAGAGGGAGAUUGAGCUGACUGAAAGAGUGGGGGUGUGGGUAAAUUUGACCUGUGAGGUGAGAGGUCACCCCAAACCUGCCAUAACCUGGAGCAUCACUGGCAGUCAGAGCUGGCGUGAGGUGGUUAAAAGAGAGACGGAGGAUCAAAUCUACAGUGUUGUGAUGCUUAAAGUCAGUGCUGACACUGUAGCCACCUGCAACUCAUCAAAUGACUUUGGAAUAGAGACAGAGACAUACAACAUCAGAAGCAUUCCGUUCUCUCAGACUCCAACGGCGAGAAAAACUUCAGUGGAUAAUAGUGGUGUGAUUAUUGUGGUGAUCAUUGUAAGCAUUCUGUUGCUGGCCAUCCUGGGCAGUAUCUUCUACUUCCUGUAUAAAAAGGGCAAGUUACCUUGUGGACACUCAGGCAAGCAAGAAAUCACCAAGGAGAAGACGAACACGGAUGACAUCGUUGUAGAGAUGAAGGCAAAAAAGAUGGAAGAGUCUGUGUUACUAAAGGGAGUCAAUGGUGACAACAAACCACCCACUGACCAGAACAUUACUCUAAGCUCAUAAACCGGAGGCUUAUCAGCAAUUAAAGACCCUAUUUUGUGCCUCCCUGCUGGCCCAACAAUCAAGUCUUACGACCUGGAGGACUUCUUGUGCUGCAGCCAUCUUUUCUGGAUAAAGUGGACUGUACUUCUGUUUUACAUUUGGGUAAAUGGGACUUAAGCAAGCUGAUCCAUUAAGGAAGAUCGGUGUCCAUUUUCUACUGAUUCUCCAACGUCUGCUUUUCUUCAAAUGUUGACCAGUUCAAGCCAUUUGACCUCAUUCAUGAAACACAAGCGGAACAAACUCCUGUGUAAAUUGUUCGUGAAACCAUUCUUACGUAAAUUGUUUCAUCCAAUUGAAAGCGUCAGUUUACGUAAGAACAGUUUUAAGAACGGUUCGCAUAGAAAUUCAUUCCGCUUGUUUCAUGAAUGAGACCCAAUGUCACAAUGCCCUUUUUAGACAUCAGAAAUGUAUAUAAUAUAAAUAUAUUUAGUUACCGAUCCUACUUGUGACCUUUGUGUGCUUUUAAACUCUGUUCAGCAAAUAUUUUAGUUUCUGUUCAUUCAUAACAGCCCAGAAACGUAAGAAGAACAAUAUUUGGUUUAUUAAAAUCAGUUGGAUUAUUAGUCACAUUUCUGAAACAUAUGACAUAAGUACAGAACCAUUCUUCUUAUAUUGUAAUAUUCCAGUAAUCACAAAGGACCAAAAAGUCAAGCAAAGUUCAGUGCUAAUUUAAAUGUUAGAUGUUGUAAUUUAAGUGAAAACAUUACCUAAGAGACACUGAGAAUAACAUCAAUAUACCCAUAUCAUAUCAUAAACCCACAGCCCUUCACAAUAAGAACCCCUGUCCAAAUAAAUACCAAAAUGAUACAUGGUCCAACUUCAUCAAACUACUGCAGAACUCUUGUACUGUUUGUAAAUAGUCGUAGGGAAGGAAAUUGUAGCUCUUUGUGUUUUGACUGCUGUGGGAUAUUGCAGCUCCCUCUAUUUCUGCCUCAACUGCAGUGCCUGAGGAAAUGUGUCUUCAUUUCACCUCAAUGAUAGUUACACUGAAAUCUUUGCAUUGCCUCUUGUAUGUUCUGCGCAUGUCUAUGUAUUUGUUGAAGGGGAAAGUGUUAUUUCAAUAAAAUGCCAUGAAUAUUUGUACGUUUCAUAAAGAGAAGAAUUAUGUUUUAGCCUGAAAACGUUUUGCUCCUUAAAAUGUUUUUUUGUGAGAUACCGUUUCAUUUUUAGGUUUGGAAAAGUGCAUUUGUGAGACACCAGGCAUUACUUAUUUUAAUGUACAUAGUUAAUACUGUUUCACUGACAUGAUGUUGAAUUUGUGCAGUAAGGAGUCAGGAGGACGUGAUGCACAUGCUAUACAGUACAUACUAAUGACUAUUAUUACCAGCCCCUAAAACCAUGCUUGGACAAAUCGUAAAGUUUUUCAUUAUGGCUGAACGUUUUUGCAUUUUUGUGUUUGCUUUUUUGUUGUUUAAAAGUCACGUUCUCUUAAAAAGCCUUUGCAUUAAUAGAUGUAACAGUAAAACACAGGCACUUUUUUGUUUGCAAGAGUUGCAUUGUUAAAAUUGCAGUUCAUCGGUCUUUAUGUUUUCUAAAGAUUAGUGCUUGCCAUUUAAGACUAUUGUCAGAACACUGUUUAACCACUGCAUAUUACACUGGCCUGUAGACCUUUCCUUACCUGUCCAUGUGAGAUAAAAUAUGUUUUAUUAGCUGAAACUAUCAUUAUCAUUGUAGAGUGCUCACAAACAAAGUAAUGCCAUGUUUCUUGUUGGUUGUAAGUUGUACCUGUGGUUUGAUGCUUGCAUUUUUUAUAUAAUUGUCUACAUUUUUUGGCCAAAAAAAUACAAUAAAAAUACAAAUAAAGAU